CUGGAUCAUGCCGGCAAAGAAACGCGAUUACUCGCCGUGGAACCAGGCUUGCCCGACGACGACAUCCGAUGUAGACUGACGCCCCUAUCGCUCUUGCGGACCCCCUUGCCGUCCUACGAGACCAUCUCCUAUGUGUGGGGCGAUAGUAGUGUCCGCGGAUCCGUGUUGGUCAACGAACAACCCUUGGAUGUGCCUGCCAGCACGGAGCAUGUGCUUCGCCGCAUGCGCGAUGCUCAACAGGUCCGCGUUCUCUGGAUCGAUUCCAUUUGCAUCGACCAGGGGGAUAAAGAUGAUCGCAACUACCAGGUCGCACUGAUGUGCGAUAUCUACUCUCGUGCCACCCAAUGCCUCGUGUGGAUCGGCGAAGAA